AUGAAAAGCCACGGUGACACUAAACACAUAAGUUUUGCAGUUGUAAAAUUUGUGGUGUCCUUUUUGUUAAUCAACAUUUGUGCCGUUAGUAUAAGAAAAAAUGUAAAAAAAAGUAGAUUAAUCAUACACCAAAAUGACAAAAGUGACCUACCGAUAGGAAAAGUAGUUCCGUACUUUUUGGAGGAGACAACCAUAUUCGAAAACUACAUGGUCAAAAAGGUAAGCAAUGAGGAUAAUAUCUGUAUAAGCUCAGUUCGAAAUAAUAAAAACUUAAACGCACCCAUGGAACAGAUGUUAAAGUUGGAAAGUCAGACGCAUGCGAUAGAAUUGGGAAACAGGAGAAAUGUUUAUGGGUAUACAGAUCACCUGAUUCGAGAUGGGGACUACCAACUUUCUAACAUAGCACUAACAUUUAAGAUACCCGUAAAUCACGAAAUGUGCGAAUUUAAUUCUUAUAAUAAUUACAUUCUUUAUAUUAACUAUUUGAAGAGGGUAAGUUUUGAAGAAAUACAAAGGAAGUUAGAAAAAGGCGUUUUUAUAUUCAUAAAACUACCUGAUGGUUACGACUUAAAUAAAUCCGUCGCUGCAUUUAUGGGGGAUAAAUAUGCUAUGUCGAAAGGCACAAUAGAAAAUGACUUCAUUAAAAUUGAUAUCUCCAGUGCCAUUCGGUACCACAUAUGUCAAAAGGAAAACCACAGCAAGAAUAACAAUUCGACUGAGGCCAAUCAAAGUGACAGCGUGGAUAACUACGUUCUUGGGAAGAGCGUCGAAUUUGUUCUCUUCACUUCGCACGAGUUGAGUGACAUUAUUUUGUUCUCACCAGAAAUAAGGGACCCGCGCUUUCUCCAUAAUUAUGAAAAUAUGAGGAAUAUUGUCAAGCUUAAGAAAAAACUGCAAGAGAGGUACUCCCAGUGGGAGGACUGGUCUCCAUGCUACAGCGUGUGCAGCGACGAAUUUUCAUACAGUUGCAGGCGGAAUGUAUGCCUGGAGGAAGACGCAGACUUUUGCGAUAGGUACUUUAACCUCAGUUUUAGGAAGUGCCAAUCGGCUGCUUGCCAAGUGUUGUUAAAAGAAAAAAUUGAGGAAGUCCCAAAGCAAGCUGUCCAGGAGGGAGAAAAGAAGGAUGCCAAAAUUGAGGAAGUAAAAGAAGAUAAAGCUGAGGAAGGAAAAGAUGAAAAGGUUGAUGCCGGCGCUGAUAACGCCGCCGCUGCCGCUAAUGCUGCGGCGAACGAAGCGGAAAACACCCACAUAGAGGAGGAGAGGCAUGCAGCGGCAGAUGAUGAUUAUUUAGACGCACUCAGGUUCAGGCGACGAAAGGAAAAGAAAGUGAACUUCUUUAUGUGGAUAAUGAAUAAUAAAAAAAUGGCCCUCGGAUUGGUAUUGUUUUUACUGGGAGCUAUAAUUUUCGGAUGCAUAUAUUGCUAUCUCCAGUCUAGGUUUUCAUAAUGAUGAAGAAUAUUAUGUGUCAAAGUACAGAGCUCAGGCGAUGAAUUAAAACAUUUUUUUAAACACUUCUGUUU